AUGGCCUACUGCAAAGAGCUCUCGGGUAAUAACCUUGCGCUGCAGGGUCAGGCUGACACCCUGUGUUGGGGCGGGUCCGAAAUUGCCAGCGUCCCGUCUCAUGGGAUGAUGGGUUUGGAUUGGCCAACCCGCCCCAAGUCCAAGGUCUACUGCGGGGUUGAAAGGCGCACGUCCUCCACUCCUGCUUCCAAAAACAAUGGGGCUUUCUGCGCAAGCCUGAAUCCCUCGCUGUAUCCCUCUGGCCCACUCACUCGACUAAGAAAAAAUGGUCGGGGUGCCCGGUCAAUAUGGCGGGUGUGCGACAUGUCGCAGGAGGAAAAAAGGCCCCCGUCUGGGAAACAGUGCGACAGGAAGACCCCUUUUUGUACCCAGUGCGUUCAAGCUAACCUCGUAUGCGAGGGAUACUCUCGCAACUAUUCGGUCUGGAUCAACUCGACAGACGGCGAGAAUCGCAAGUACACCAAGUGUACCGGCAGCGUACAAUCUCGUAGACGUGGGGCUCCAGAAAUCACCCUGCAUGAGUCGCUGGCGAGAAGUACCAGAGAGGUUACCUACGUGGGUCUUUAUCUGGCAGCGUUCUUACCAAACGGUCGCCUUUUCACGAAGGAGGCCGCGCAGAUAUCCUCUGCCGGGUGGCUAAGACACCUUGACAAAUUAUGUCGGUCUGAGAAAACUCUGCGCUUCAUUACCCUUGCUCACGGGCUGUUAAUGCUGGCUACGAGAGACAACGACAGCCAGCUGAAGUUCAAGGGCGUCCAGGCACACAGCAUAGCGCUGCAGGAAAUGCGCACAGCCCUGCGGGAUCCACAAAGGGCCUCGGGAGAUGGGAUCUUGGCCGCUAUUCGGCUGUUCCGCUUUUAUGAGAUUCUCUAUGGCGCCGAGUCCCGUGGUUCGGACAAAGAAAACCCUACCCUCCAGAUCAAGGGGUACUACGCCCAUACUGACGGUGAAAUGGCCUUGUUCAUGAACAGGGGCUGGCAGAAGGAUUGGAGCGAAGCCGGAAUGUACUUACUCGUAAGCGGCCGGAUUGUGUCAGUAAGUUUUCCACCAUCGGAUUCCGUCAACGGACCAUCCAUAUUCAUUGGUAUAUGUGUAGUUCAUUCUAGGCGUCGGACGAAGAAAGCGUUCGCCCUUCAGCGACAACAACUGGAUGUCAGCACCCUGGAAAUAUAG